UCUCUCGGCGUAACCCUGAAACCCUAAGUCAGAGACCUUAGAAACCUCCUUCCUGUAGUUCCCAUGGAAGCCAAUCUCCAGGUCGACGAUACGUACGAGUUUUCGGCUCCUCGCUUCUUUGAUUUCCUCAACAAGGAGACCGAGGUGCAGAUCCAAGAGGCCGAGCGAUGGUUCGAGACCUCCCUCAGCUAUGGCCCUUCCCCUUCCAUGCCAAAGAUAAGGAAGGGUAGACCGGUUAUAGAUUGUCCUUGCGAUAUAGGAUUUGAAGAAAAAAUCCAGAAGGAGCCAGAGGCUGUAGAAGCAGGCAACCACGGAGCUGAACAAGAUUCCAACGCCAAUGCUGGUGAGCUGCAGAUCACUGUGGACAUCGAAGUAAUUGAUAGAAACGGUUCUUUUGGAUUUGCUUCUGACGCUAAGCUCAGUGGAAGUAAUAUUGUUCGUGAGGAAGAUAAGAUUUCAACAUCAGAGGUCUGCCUCAAUUGUGAUUCUACAUUCGCAUUUCCGGUUCUUGAUGUGGCUGCAGCCCCAGCUACAAUCACCAAAUCGGGCCAAGAUAGUAAGGAGUUUGUAAAUGGAGCUCUCACUCCAAAAUUUCUAAGGCCCCAAGAAAUGUCGGUUCCAAGGGGUUCGAGAAAUCAAACAGCUAAAAAGGAAGCUAGCUUGAUUAAGCAACCUUCUGGAUUAAAGCCUAAGAACUGCACUCCUGCUCAACCCACUGGAGCCAUCAAGCCCCAAAAGAGCACCACCAAAUGUCCUGGUAGUAUCCGUGCAAAAAAUGCAAUAUCUAUUGAUAUUUCUCAGGAUAAUCAAGCCAUUAAGAGGCAGAAACUGGAAGGCGGAGGUUCUAAGAAAAUACACAAUGUCAAAGCUCCAGUGUUGCUGCACAAAUCCAAGCCAGGUUUAUCUGGAGGAAAUGAAUUUUUUACUUUAGGUAUUAAAGGUCAUCAAGAGCAACGCAAGGAAGUAGCACCAUACGUUUCUACUGCAGAGAUGGUUCAGAAGUUUCAGUCUAGAACCAGAGAAAUUGAGCUACCACAGAAUAGAUCAUUUUCACAGGAUACAUUUAGCUCAAUUCAAAUGAGGCCAAAACUUACCUUGACAAGGCCAAAAGAACCAGAACUUGAGACAGCUCAACGAGUUCGAGCCGUAAGGAUUAAGAGCUCCGCUGAGCUUGAGGAGGAGAUGUUGGCGAAGCUGCCAAGGUUUAAAGCUCGUCCAUUAAACAAGAAGAUUCUUGAAGCUUCAUCACUACCAAUACUGCCCAGAAGCACUCCCCAACUGCCAGAUUUUCAUGAAUUUCACUUGAAGACCAUGGAAAGAGCAAAUCAACAUGCUGAAACAGCUUCUGUUUUCUCUUCAGCUGAUGCUUCUUCUCAGAGCCACUGCAAACCCUUGAAGCUUACUGAACCAAGACCACCUAUUCUUGAGACUUCAUUAAGGGCACGGCCAACGAAGACAAAGAGCUCACAGGAACUGGAGCUGGAGGAAUUUGAAAAUAUUCCCAAGUUUAAGGCCAGGCCACUCAACAAGAAGAUUUUUGAAAGUAAGGGAGAUCUCGGAUUACUCUGUCAAUCCAAAUCACAAAUUACAACUCCACAAGAGUUCCAUUUUGCUACGAAUGAUAGGUUGGGCCCUCCACCUUCAACUAUGAUGAUAGAGAACUUUGACAAGCUUUCACUUUAUUCGGACUCUUCUCAUCAUAGCCAACAAGGCAUUCCCAAACUCACAAAGCCAAAUCCUUUCCAUCUGCAUACAGAGGAAAGAGGACUUGAGAAAGAGAAAUUGUUUACAAUUCAAAUCUUACAAAAGCAGUUGGAAGAAGAGAAAGCUAGGAUUCCCAAGGCGAAUCCUUAUCCUUAUACUACGGAUUAUCCUGCUAUGCCACCAAAACCUCAGCCGAAACAAAGCACAAAGCCAGUGGCUUUCCACUUGGAUAGCAUAAUCAGACAUGAAGAGGAGAUGCACAAAAUGAGAGAAGAGAGGGAAAGAAUGGAAAGGGAGGAGGCAGAGAGAAGAAUAUUCAUAGCACAUCCUAUAAUGAAAGAGGAUCCCAUUCCACUUCCAGAAAGAGAACGAAAGCCUCUCACAGAUGUCCAGGAGUUUGUAUUGCAUGUGGAUCAUAGGGCUGUGGAAAGAUCUGAAUUUGAUAAGAAGAUGAAAGAGAGAGAAUUGACUGGCAAAAGAAUUAGGGAGGAGCAGGAGAAUGCAAAGAUGAUUGAAGAAGAAAAAGUAAUCAAACAGAUGAGAAGAACAAUGGUGCCACAUGCCAGGCCUAUUCCCAAGUUUGACAAUCCAUUCCACCCCCAAAAGUCAACAAAGGAAAAAACAAAACCCAAGUCACCGAAGCUGCUUGUAAAGCAAAGAGAAAGGAAGCAUGCAGUUCACUUGAGAUGAUAUUUUUGAAGCUGUGUUGAAAGAGACAAUUUAAUUCUACUUCAGUGUAUACUAGUUGACUAUAUCUAUAUCUUUUCUUCUU